UUUCUCUUCUGUUUCUUUCAUUUGUUUUGCUGCAUAUAUUUUUGGUGAUUAUCUCUUUCAUUUCAUUGUGCUGAAUCCAAUUGAACUAUUUUCUUGCCGUUCAUUCAUCCAUACCAUUUUGCUUUUAUUGGGUUGAAAAUUUACUCAAAUACCAACUUAACCAACCCAUGGCGAUAAUCAUUAGCAUAGGGGCAAAGAUUAGUGAGUACACAGUUGAACCUAUUGGCCGCCAACUGGGUUACCUCCUUAACUAUAAAAGCAAUGUAGAAAAUCUCAGAACUCAAAUUCAGCAUUUGAAGGAUGAAAGAGAUAAGCUUCAGCAUUCCAUUGAUGAGGCUAAGAAAAACAGUGAAGAAGAAAUUGAAGCUGAUGUUGCCAACUGGCUUAGCAGAAUUGAUAGGAUGAUUUCUCAACAUUCAGAGAAGUUUCUAACAAAUGAAGGCAGAGCAAAUAUUAAUUGCUUGAGUGGGAAGUUACUGGAUUUGGGGUCCCGCCAUCGGAUGAGCAGGAAAGCAAAGAAGAUGGCAAUGGAAGCUGCUAUUGAAAUCCUAGCUGCAGGGGAAUUCCACAAGGAUGUGGGGCCUGCUGUUAGUCCUUAUGGUGGACCAUCAUCUUCUCAGUCUGCACGCGAGCAAAGCCUAUUUACAUCGUCUAAAGAAGGGGCUUUACAGUGCCAGAGUUCUGUGUUAGACAAUGACAUUGGAUCAAGUGGUCCAUCUGUUUCUGGUAGCCUUUCCAUUCCCAAAACUGGACUUGGGUCUGUGGCAGCUCAAACACCAUCAUCUUCAAUACAGAAGCUGAAUUCAUCUGGUGAACUUAAGAAUGAUUACGAGGAAGCUUCAACUGAAAACGAGGAAAGCACUAUGUCUAGUACAAGUUUCUCCUCUGUUCCAACAAAAUCGAGUGGGAUGGAUUCUAAAAUGUUGCAGCAACUUGAUAAGUUGGUCUUACCAAAAGACGAAUUAUCUGAGCCAAAUCUGCUAACUUCAAUGGAUAAAUCACUUACUAAUAUGUCACCAUCCGUGCCACAUGGACAGGCUCUGAAAAGCCUUGAGGCUGUUGAUUCAUCAAAUUAUCUGGGUGAUGAACAAGAUAAGAAGAAGUUGGAUGCUUCACUUGACAAGAAAGUACCCGAUGCUCGAGACACUACUUCACUUGAACAAGACACGGUUGAAGAAAGUGGCCGGUUAAAAAUUGUUGCUUCUUGUGACAAGGCCACUGAUGUGGUGAAUGAUGUAGAUUCUGCAGUGCCAAAGAAGAUUACAUCAAUGAAUAUUGAAACUACAGUAUAUUCCAAUGGAGCUGUAUCUCAUUCAUCGGCCGAUGGGACACAGAAGGUGGAUACCUUUUCAGCAGAGAGGAAGAGCCACAAUACGGAAGCUGUUAUACUGGAGAAGCCGCCCCUAGCUUUCUUGGAAUGCAAACCUUCUACAUCUGCAGUGAAUAACAAACCUGAUCCAGAAACCUCUGAUGGAUCUGUGAGUGCUGAGAAAAAUAGCAACUUUGUCAAUGCAGAUGCAUCUUCCCCUAGCAUGGCAAUUCUGCGCCCUGAGGUUGCUACUCAGUCUCCCCUGACAUCUGAUGCAGCUUCUCCACCUAUGGUCUCAAAUGUUGCCCUGUCCAUAUUUAACUUUGGGGAUAAAGUUGCGUCGACAAAAGAUUCAGAUGCUGCUUCUCCCACGUGUAGUUUUGGCUCUAAACCUGAAGGAUCAAUAUUGACCUAG